AUGGUUCAUUUAAGUGUUCAUCUAAUCGAGGAGGAAAACCUUGGAGGUCCGGUACAUUAUCGAUACAUGUAUCGCAUAGAGAGAGAAUUAGGUCAUUUGAAAUCCUUUGUACGCAAUAAGGCUCAAGCAGAAGAUUCAAUAGCUGAGAGUUACAUAAUAGAAGAGUCUCUCACUUUUUGUUUUCGAUACAUUGAAGAUAUAGCGACACGGUUCAAUAGACCUAGACAUGUUUGUGAUGCCUCAAAUCAGAAUGAAUCUUCCUUUGCAUCUUCCAUCUUCCCUCGACUUGGUAAACCAGUAGGAGUUUCCUUAGGUUUCACAUUAACUCAUAUGCAAAAAGUUUAUCGAUAUGUUCUUCUAAAUUAUGCAAUAGUCACACCUUUUGUUGAGUGA